CUGUGGACACCUGUACCACUGCCAGUGUCUUCAGCGUAAAGAGGUGGGUGUUUUGAGCGAGAGGCAGUACUCAUGGAGCUGCUACAAAUGCACAUCCAACCAGGGCACACGGCCAGCGGACAGACCCAGCGCAGAGAGCUCUCGAUCAUGCUCUACUUCUCUGGCACAGACCACAAUUAGCGUCAUUCUGAACUCUUGUUUUAUGUGUAGCUGUGGACACCUGUACCACUGCCAGUGUCUUCAGCGUAAAGAGGUGGGUGUUUUGAGCGAGAGGCAGUACUCAUGGAGCUGCUACAAAUGCACAUCCAACCAGGGCACACGGCCAGCGGACAGACCCAGCGCAGAGAGCUCUCGAUCAUGCUCUACUUCUCUGGCACAGACCAAAGUGAUGUCUGCUCAUCAUGGGAUUGUGGCAGAGGCUCAUGGGAGAAAGAUGUUGACUGAAGCCACUCUGGAUGCCCAGCAGACUCAGGCCUGGGAUCAUUUCCGCACUCUCUACAGAGGACCAUCUAGGCUUGCUGUUCUGACAGAACUCACUCAUUCUCAUGGCAGUGAGAGGGCCGGUCUGUCGAACCCUGUCCAUCCAGGAACGGGAAGUAUUUAUCACAGCGAGAAUGUCCAGCUAAAGCUUUCUCCUCCGCCACUGGUGGAGGAGUAGAUGACUCCGCCCACUGUUACAAAUCAUAAUAAAGCACUACCAUGUCUGUACAGAACUCAUGUUUGAGAUGUUGUGUUUCAAU